AUGUUUUGUGUUUCUGAAUGUAUUGUCAAUUGCGAUCAGCUCGCUGCGGCUGCUGCCAAGGAGCGUAUUCCAGUGGAAUACGCAGCUAGAUACACGGAUUUAUUGCUGGAAGAAUCGCGAGAUCGCGAUGACUGCAAUGCCGAUAGCUACCAUUUAGAUACCAUACACGACACCGUUAACGAAUUCAUACUGCAGUUUGAGGAGAAGAUCGCUUUAAAUAUCGACGCCACCAUCACUGAGCUUAGACGUGAUUUGUCCAAUGUGCAGCAAAGGAGGAAUCGGUACACGAGCAUAUACGACUGCAGCGCAUCUGAAUCGGCAGUGCCGAGUGCCGCUUCGUCGAUUACAGGCAGUAGGAGGCAACGCCUGAAAAACUUUUUCGAUGGGAAAUCCUUUGUGGGGAGUAUUCCGCUGAAAAAUGCCUCCCGGCGGUAUAUAUCAGGAGAGAUAGAAUUGGAAGCCGCCCGUAAUAGCGCUAGGUUGUCAGGUUCGCGACUCAGGCAAAUUCGUAUCGCCUCUACGGGCAAUGCCGUGGGCACGCAAAACGGGACUGUUUCAUCGCCGGCCACAGCUGCAUCUUCCGCGGCACCCGUAAGCCGCGCUGCACCCAACAAUGUUGCCACGGCGUCCCAACCCACGUCUAAGUUGGCGGAUUCGCAAGGUUCAGAAGCCGGGGCUUCCAGUGCCGCACCGCCGGAGGCAGCGCCAACCAUUUCCAAGCCGGAGGUCAAGCCGUCCCCUAAGGCGACCCAACCGGAAAAGAAACCAACACAAGAUCCGCCUGUGUCUUCGAGCACAAAGAAAUGCGUAUCUGAGUCGUCUAGUGCUCCUAAGGACGACGAACCGAAUUCUAGUGGCGCUGUCAAACGGCAAUGGGAAGCUGGCGCCACUAAAACAACAGACGGUGCGCGUUCUUCUGGUAAGAACACUAAAAAGGCGACUGGUGCCGAUGCUGGAUUCAAAAGCGGUAUGGAUGUACUGGUCAAUAACUCUGAGGAAAAGAAGAAACCGCUAGAUAUCGACGUGGAUAAGCCACGCCAAUCGUGUGGUCUUAGUUACCCAUCCAAGACACAUUUGAACAAUCUCGCAUCUUCGGGGAAUUCAAACCAAAACUCCAAGGAGAAACCGCCAGUGGAUGAGCGAUACGUACCUCUGGUAGGUGCUGACCUCACUCCCGAGAUCAUCAACCUUGUGCUAAACAUGAAGUUGGACGCAAGUUUGUACAAUAUCUGCGAGGCGGACAUUGCGGGUUUAGCUGAGGUUAAGAAAACACUCAAGGACAAAGUCGUCCAGCCGAUUAUGCGCCCCGAUUUGCACACUGGAUUGCUGAGGGCGCCCAAAGGUGUGCUACUUUUUGGCCCACCCGGAACGGGGAAGACAACGCUUGCCAAAUGGAUCGCAAAUGUGUCUCGCGCCAAUUGUUUUGAGGUGUCCCCCAGUUCUAUAACGAGCAAAUUCCAUGGUGAAAGUGAGUCUAUCAUCAAGGCACUUUUCAAGGUGGCCCAUUUCGACAGUCCGUCUAUUAUUUUCAUCGACGAGGUGGACGCAGUGCUCGGCAAACGCAGCACGAACGAGGCCGACCUUUCCAUACGCAUGAAGAACCAGCUGUUGCAAAUGAUGGACGGUUUGCAUUGCGGCACCAGCGAGGGAACAGUUGUCGUCAUUGCCGCUACCAAUCGCCCCAUGAUGUUGGAUGACGCCGCGCUUCGACGAUUCGGAAAGCGUGUUCUGAUCCCAUUGCCCGACUUGGAAACUCGCAAGGCAUUCUUAUAUGAGACCCUGCGCAAGAAUUGCAACGGAAAGUGUGAACUCAGCAGUGAGGAGUUGGAUCAGAUUGCUGCGUCUACGGAGGGAUGGAACGGCAGUGAUCUUCUGGCAUUGUGUACAAAAGCUGCAGAAUAUUCAUACGAUGAUACCGUUGAAGCAUACGGUGGAAUAGAAAACAUCCCGGACGCUAGCGUAUUUAGGGGUCUAGUCAUCGACGACUUCAUCCGCGCUCUGCGGCGGGUGCGCCCUUCGAACGCAGCCAACGGCGAUUUCUCUUUCGAGGAGUGGCAGAGGCUCUAUGGCUCACACUAA